AUGGAAUUCGUAUCUGAGACGCUCUUUGAGACGGCGGCUACGCCGGCGUCCACACGGUCGCCGGAAGACCAAGAUUUGUUGGAAAGAAGCACGAAGAAAUCCAAACGGGGACGGGAAGUGGAGGAAAGAGCUAGAGGAACACCAGAAGUCGAGAUGGUUCAAGAAACCCCAAUUUCCACCGGCCAGAAAUCGCCAGAAUCGGCCCAAUGGCGAACCCCAGCGGCGACGCCGAACCAUGCAUGGUAUCAACAUCAAGCCCAAGAGCGGAUCGAUGAAGAACAAGUUUCGGAUGAAGAAGUCAUGAAUGAAGAUGAAAUAGACCCGAUGUGCCCUGUCAUACCAGUAACAAGAGAAGAGAAAGAGAGACUUCGUCGGCCAUGGAGGAAAUUGCUCAUCAUCAAAGUACUCGGGCGAAGGGUGAGCUACUCGUAUCUUCGGCAAAGAUUGCUCAAAAUGUGGAAGCCAGAGGCGACCUUUGAACUGAUAACGCUCGAUUUGGAUUUUUAUUUGGCCAAGUUCGAAGCACUCCACGACUACGAAUUCGCCAAAUUCGAAGGCCCGUGGAUGAUUAUGGACCACUAUCUGGUUGUCCAAGAGUGGAAACCCAAUUUCGACUCACGAGAUGCAAGAACGAGUAAGUUACUGGCUUGGAUUCGUUUUCCUGCGCUUUCGGUGGAGUAUUUUGACGACAAGUUCCUGGAAAAAAUUGGCAAGAAUAUUGGCAGACCGAUUAAAGUGGACACCACCACAAGUCUAGUUUCCAAGGGCAGCUUUGCUAGAGUUUGUGCGGAGAUAGAUAUUUCGAAGCCCUUAAUCUCGAAGUUCACAUUUGAACAGAAGGUUUGGCCGAUUGUGUACGAAUGA